CCAUGUUCCUCAUAUGCUCUAUCGAUGGUCCACAUCCCUCCACUAUCUUCUAAUCGAACGGUUCACACCUCGCCACUAAGAAUGAACACUUAUCGACAAAUAACGGUCCUUAUUCAUCCACGUGGCAGUAAAUAUGGCGUUCUUAUAGCAUUUGAUCCGACGGUAUCCCGUAUUCCAAUCCCCAUUCCCUCCAACAAAACAUUUCUUCUCCCUUCUCUCAUAUUCCGGUCGCCUGAAUGUCUUUUCCCGAUCACUUUUCCGACGACGUUUUACUCACGACUCACGGCGUUUGCUUAGAAUUAUGAAUUCCUCUUUUCUUUCUUCAAUUAUAAUUGUUUCUUUAAGUUUCUUGAGGUGGUUUGGUUAGGAUAGGAUCCUAUAGGAUUUGGACUUUGUGAUCAGCAAAAUUCCCGCGCCAGAAAUUUCUGAGGACUUUUGUUUUUGGGCAUAAUUCAAUUACGUGCAGAUUGAUAGCAUAAAGUCAAAAAGCUAGAAUUUGAAAGGUAGUUAGAUGGCGGAUUCAGAUAAUGAGUCCGGCGGAGGACACAACGGCGAUCACUCGCUUCGGGAGCAAGAUAGGUUUCUUCCGAUAGCAAACGUGAGUAGAAUCAUGAAGAAAGCGCUGCCAGCAAACGCAAAGAUCUCGAAAGACGCAAAGGAGACUGUACAGGAGUGUGUGUCGGAGUUCAUCAGCUUUAUCACCGGCGAAGCAUCAGAUAAGUGCCAGAGAGAGAAGCGAAAGACGAUCAAUGGUGACGACUUGCUAUGGGCCAUGACAACGUUAGGGUUUGAGGAUUACGUCGAGCCCUUGAAGGUUUACUUACAGAGAUUUAGAGAUAUGGAGGGUGAGAAGACAGCGCUCGCGGGACGACAGGGAGGCGAGAAGGACACCGCCAGUGUGGGCGGUGGAGGGAAUGGCAGUGUUGUAAAUAUUGGAAGUAACGGAGGGGGGUUUCACGAGAAUAAUGGAGGAGGAGGAGGGAUGUAUGGCACGAUGAUGGGGCAUCAUCAACAACAACAUCAAGGAGGAGGACACCUGUACGGGUCGGGUGGUUUUUAUCAGUUUGGCCAAAACCCGACUGGGAAAAUGGGCCCUGCUGGAUAUCCAGGAUCCGGCCCAUUAAACGGAAGGCCGACCCCGAGAUAAAUCAAUAGUAUUAAAUAACCGCCAAAGUCCCGAGUAUAUAUACAAGAGUACAAGACUACAUUACGACAGUACGUGACAAAAGCCAUCUCAAACACUACUAUUAUAUUUAUAUACCUGAAUUAUAAUAGAUUUAGGUAAUGAAAGAUAACGACUUUAGGUAUGGUUUUGUAUGUCAUGAUUAAUUAUUUAGGUAUGUUUUGUUUUGUUUCGAGCACUUUCAUUGAUUGGUAUUAGAUUAUUAGAAGGAGAUUUGGUUACUUUAAUUUGUUUUUAUUUGGGUAGAGCAAAAGUAUAUAAUAUUUGGUCCCUUUAAUACAUUAUCAGCUCUUCUUGUUC